AAUUGAAAGUGUAGUAAGAAUGGCUGCCGGGACUCUGUACACCUACCCUGAUAAUUUCCGUGCCGCAAAGGCUCUUAUUGCGGCACAAUAUGCCAACAUAACUGUCAAAUUAGCACCAAAUUUCGUUUUCGGUGAAACCAACAAAACUAAAGAGUUCACGAAUAAGUUUCCCGGUGGAAAGGUGCCAGCUUUUGAGUCAAAUAAUGGCCAGUGUCUUCAAGAUAGCAAUGCAAUUGCAUACUUCGUUGCAAAUGAACAACUGAGAGGAGCCAACGAAUAUGACAAAGCUCAGAUUUUGCAAUGGAUUGGUUUUGCAGAGGGAGAGAUUCUUCCUCCAGGCUGUGCCUGGGUAUUCCCAAUCUUGGGUAUUAUUAGAAACAACUCUGGAGCACAAGAGGCCUCUCAAAGAGCCAAAGACGACAUGAAAGCUGCCCUGACAAUCCUUAAUAGCCACUUGCUCACUCGCACCUACUUAGUUGGCGAGAGAAUCACCCUUGCCGAUAUCGUUGUUGCCUGCAACUUGCUCAACCCCUACAGGUACGUCCUCGACCCGGACUACAGACGGCCGUUCGCCAACGUCAACAGGUGGUUCGAGACGCUGGUGAACCAGCCGCAUUUCAAGGCCGUCCUCGGGGACGUGCAGCUGUGCAGCCAGGUGGCGGUCGCCGGGGCAGCAGUGCCUCUGGCUGGCGCCCAACCAGCUAAGGGUAAGAAGAAGGAAGAAAAGAAGCAGGAGCAGAAGAAGCAGCAAAAGAAAGAAAAAGAACCAGAAGAACCCUUAGAUGAGGCUGAGGCAGUUCUGGCCUCAGAACCCAAAAGCAAAGAUCCUUUCUCAGAAAUGCCAAAAGGCACCUUCGACAUGGACGACUUCAAACGUUGCUACUCGAACGAGGACGAAUCGAAAUCGAUCCCGUACUUCUGGCAAAAGUUCGAUCCCGAGCACUACUCGAUCUGGUACGGCGAGUACAAGUACCCGAAGGAGCUGACCAAGGUGUUCAUGAGCUGCAACCUCAUCGGCGGCAUGCAACAGCGGCUGGACAAGAUGCGCAAACAGGCGUUCGCGUCGGUCUGUCUGUUCGGCGAGGACAACAACAGCACCAUUUCCGGCGUGUGGGUGUGGAGGGGACAGGAGCUGGCAUUUCCUUUGAGUCCCGAUUGGCAAAUCGAUUACGAAUCAUAUGAAUGGAAGAAACUGGACCCCGCAUCCGAGGAGACCAAAAAGUUAGUAGAGCAAUAUUUCUCUUGGACCGGUACGGAUAAGGAAGGCCGGAAGUUUAACCAAGGGAAAAUAUUCAAAUGAUCCAUUCAUUUUCAUUACACGUAUGUUUGUUAAGAACUGUGCUAUAUUUAAUAUACUCUUUAUUUGAAAAUAAAUUGGAACUGUUUUGUU